AUGAGCUACAAAUUCCGCAUAGCAGGAAUCGAUUUCGAAGGAUUGAUGGCACUUCUGCUCGAUAGAGGCGCUGUGCCGGACAUUAAAGGUCUGCAUAUGUUGAGGGUUUCUGGAUUGUGGACGCCGACUGGGACGAGUCUGUUGUUGAGUCCGGAUACGCUGGAUAAUGUUUCGAAGGUAUCAGUGUCCAACUAUUCAGACGGAGUGCUGAGCUUGACGUUGCAUUGGAAUUCAGCUUGGGAUCAAAGGGACCCUAGCCACCUUUCGCCGGGCUGGAGGCGACUCCACUUAUCUGUAGAUCCCAACGAGACACAUCAUGAUGCCUUGGAGAAGCAGCCUCCCCGUCCCAGGCCCACAUCAACUCGUUUUCGUCUUGGUCAUGUCGACUCCUCGGUCUCAAUCGCCCAUGCGGUUUGGGAGCACAAGAACAACCCUCUAGCAUCAUCUCCUUCGCUAGACCACGUCCGCUCCGGUCCAGCUUCGAAUUGGACCCCAUCUUUGGUUCUUGCGCUUGGGCUCUCCAGGUCACUCCCCCUAUACCAUCAUCAUCUCGACCAUCAACUCACCGGCUUGGCCACCCGUGACACCAAUCCAUGCGGCAUUCUUGUCAUCCUCGGACUCGUGGAUGAAAGCGAAGCCCCGCCUUGGGAAACGAAGUAUGAUCCGAAUGGGCGUAUUCUCAUAAACCAUCUAAGUUUUGCUGCUAAGUCAAGAGCAGUCCAAGAUGAAAUGACGAUGAGGCCAGAGCAGGCAGACACUGCAAGAAGGAAAAGGCAAGCAGAAGGAAUCCGUCAAUUUGGCAGGAGGAGCACGCGAUGA